GAUUCUGGCUUGGACGAGUCUGGUGAUGGUCCUCGUGGUAUUCCCUCACGUGACAUGGACACAUCGGCCGAUUCGACGCUCUCGAAGGAUUCGGAUAGCUCACACUCGAAUCAACAUCACUAUCAUCAUUCGUCUAAUCGUGAACGUGCCAGUACGUCCCUGUCGACCCAUGCCAUGGGUGAGAAGACAUCGGCCAAACAUAACUCUACCAUCCAGGGUGCUCUGAUGCAUUUGAUCAAGACUGGGGAUUUGGACGCUCUGAAACAACUGGUGCGUGAAGGUGCAAACGUGAACGAACAGGAUGAGCACGGAUGGACUGCAUUGCACGAAUUCAGUUCGCGAAAUUUGUCUCGUCUCGUUGCCUACCUACUUCGACACGGUGCUCGUCCGGAACUGGUCGACCGAAACGGCGAUACAGCGCUACACGCGGCCGCACGGGCCAAUCAUGGCCGGGUCGUACGCACAUUGCUUCGUCACAGUGCUGAUCCAAUGUUGAAAAACGCACGUGGCGAGCGACCGUUGGAUUUGUGUCCGGAUACAGAGAGUGGUGUGAUUUUGAGUCAGCAUAUGGAACUGCUUCACGGACAUUCAAAUCACUCCGUGGGCAAAUACUCCUCGGCAUCGUCCGGCCGUAUGCAACGUCAUCACCACUCUGCUCACGGACCGCAUUCAUCAACUGUGUCCUCGCACGGAAUACGCCAUUCGUCCGCUUCCGCUAUCCUCUCGAGUGAUCCACUCGGUGGUGGUUUGGGUGGAUCAGUGUCGCGCGGUUCCGCCGAUGGGAAUUCGGACUCCGAUGACGCCUGUUCCACACCCGGGGUGGGCACAAGUAAUAUCACCGCAAGCGUAUCUGUAAUUGGUGCAGUUAAUACGGACCUAAUUACCAUACCAUCGGGCCGCUCUACUAGCAGUCCGUCUGGAGGCAAUCAACGUGUACCAUACGGGAUGGAAUCGGGACCGAAACCAAAUCGCGCUACCGGGCUCAAUCCAUCACCAACACAACACUUACAGUCUUCGCAGUCAACCUCCUCAGAACCAAGCCACGACCCAGGCCCUACUGCAAGUUCCGGACCAUCAUCGAAUCCGAAUAUGGCUGCUAGUGCCGUUUCCGGUACUGUCGCUGACGAGACGGAAUUAGCCUCUCAACUUGGCGAUGGAGUUACCGAAGACGGCGGUGCUUCGCAAAAGGUUCCACCGCUCCGUAUCAAAUUUGCCUCAGGUGCAUCCACCGAAACUGAACCAGGUUCUCAGACGACACCCACGGCAGCGGUCAACAGCAAUUGCAAUGAGGAUAAUGCAUUAUCACUGUCUGACGCGAGUAAGGGGACUGGUGAGACCACCGCGGAAACACGUGAUGUACGAAAAGAAACCAACACUGCUAGUGGUCCCGCUGGGGAUUCGGGUUGUGGCAAUCUGUCGUUAGAACCGUCUUCCGGGGGCUGUGGUGUCGGUAACCACACUCACCAUUCCGAUUCUUCGGUCACUUCGAGAGAAUCCAUUGAAGGGAAUAAGCAUAAAUCUGCAGACAAUAGCCAUACGGAUUUACAUCAUCGAGUCGGAUCUGAGCACACAUCCAUUGCAUCAGUCGGGGCGGAGGCUGAUGCGGAUGAAACGCGUCAUUCAGCGAAUUCCGCACAGCUAUGUGAAGAUACUUCAACAAUUGGUUCUAGCCAUGCGAGACCUGAUUCGGAGAAUACUCAUGAGACUGGAAGAGAUGCUCCUUCAAAGGACACGCAUCGUCAUCGCAGUGGACGGACACUACGAUCCCACACAGCGGCACAACGCGAGCGAGAAGAGAAAGAACGACACAAUGAUACAACUCCGAUCAAAAAGCGCAAGCUUCGUUCCCGAACCGAUGGUCACCCGGAAACUUGCAGCAAUCGUACGGAAUCUAAUGCUUCUUGGACUCCGUCAUCGGGCAACACCUAUAGCACAACCGGUACGACUGCCCGAUCACACGGUACAGACGAUCCAGCUUCGCAUGACUCGGGUGAUGUGAUACACGCCAUGGCAGGACAAGACUCUUCCACGGCUAUUGUGAAGGAAGAUGGUUCUGUAUGCAGCGAAGUGCGUGCUCCCAAAUCAGAUGCACUGAAAGAUGAAGUGGACGAGGAAAUGGAUGACGUAACUCAAACAACGGGUGCCGGCACACCGGAUCCCGAUCGAAAAAUCAAGGUCGAAUCUGAACCGGAGCAGAAAAUCGAUAACUCUGAUUCACCUACUGUUACCACCGCUGGCAAAUCGUCCUGUGCGACCACAUCCGGUGCUCCCGGGUCUACAGCGAGUUGUUCUGUGAAAAGUGAAUCACCAGAUGCGGUUGGGGAGGGGAUUAGUUACCUGCGCUGUCCUGCCGGUCCGGACGAUAGCAAGCAACAUCCGGAAUUGUUGAUGUUCGAAAAUCCGUUUGAGAAAAGUGCAGCCAUACAGCGAAAGCUUCGUGAAUUGGUCAACAACUUGGUUGAGGUACAUCCUAAGUCCCCGUGUGGCUAUUCGGAUUAUUUAUUGGUCACUCGUAACUAUCUGUUGGCGUCCCAAACUCCAACUUUGAUCAAAAAAAGUCCCCCUGCUCACUUGAAACCGGUGUUUGUUGAACUGUUCAACGAACAAGAAGAGGAACGCUAUGCACAGGCAUUGAAACAUCAAUCGGAACGUGAGGAUCUUCGUCUUUGUGCCGAACAGGCUGUUUUGCGUGCACAGACUCGGGCUGCUUUGGCGGUGGCAAAUCUAUCCAAACCGUUAUCAUUCUGUUCCGUGUUGGCCUAUAAAAAUCUCACCUACGUUCCACCGAGCAGCAAAACCGAACAACGAGACGAGGAAAAUGUGCGCGAUCGGUUCACUUCACGUACAUUCUUUGGCUGGCUAGAGGAUAUCAAGGAUACUUUCCAACAGGAGAAGAAAAAACUACUCUGUCGCCAACUGCACGAGGCGGAGUCACUUAUGAUGGUACAGCGUUUGGACUGGGAGAGCAAAUUGAAGGAAUCACAACUGCACGAUUAUGGCACAGAUGUCCUGAAGGAAAUCCCCCAUCAUCAUGUUCCUCUUAUUCACGUCCCCAACGACUUCCCCCUGUUCGCCCACGAUCCGGUUCAUCGAACUGCUCUGGUCUAA